AUGGAUCUAUCUCAAUACGGAAAUGUUACUUGGCCUCAACGACGUGUACCUCGUGUUAUUCAUCAAACCUAUCGCACCUAUGAUAUACCCGCAAUUUGGAAUAGAUCGGUACAAUCGGUGAUGACGAUGAAUACUGGUGAGUUUCAGUAUCGUCGAUGGUCACAUGCGGACAUGGAUGCAUUUGUUCGACAACGUGAACCCCACUUCUAUUGGAAUACUUUUGUCAAGUAUCGAUAUGAUAUGCAGCGUAUCGAUUCAUUCCGUAUUAUUGCAAGUGCUGAUGUACUUGCAUCUAUAUCAACAAAAGCACCUGAUCCAUUAUUUUAUCCACAUAUGCCUCAUCCAUCUCAACCACAACGACUUAAUUUAUCUCAUGAAUGA